AUGCACCACUGCAACAUGCACCACUGCAAAGCCCCUCCCACCCACUGGUCCUCCCCCUCCCCCACAACGCACCCAUUCCAUCAGGUGGUGGACGAGGAGCAGAGGGCGCUGUACGACCGGUUUGGGGCGGCAGCGCUGAGUCGACUGAAAAAUCACACACCAGUACUUCGCGCCUCUCACCCUUCCCCCCCCGCCCCCCAUCAGGUGCUGGUGGACGAGGAGCAACGGGCGCUGUACGACCGGUUUGGGGCGGCAGCGCUGAGCCGCGACUUUAUGUCGGGCAGAGAGGGCAGCGCACAGCGCAAGGGAGCGGCGUGGGAGGCGUUUGACACGUGGGACGAGUUCCAGCCGUUCCAGCGCAAGUGA